GCCGGUCCUGCCGCCGGAGGUUGGAAUGGAACCUAGGUGUUCCGAGAGAGUGCCCCGGGGGUAGCGCCCUCCGCGGCCGGGACCGUGCCGGGAGGACCCGGCUCUGAUCCCAGGACACCUUUGUCCCUGGAGACGCCCGGCCAGCCAGAAAUGAUGGAAGAAUUGCAUAGCCUGGACCCACGAAGGCAGGAAUUAUUGGAGGCCAGGUUCACUGGAGUUGGUGUUAGUAAGGGGCCACUCAACAGUGAGUCUUCCAACCAGAGUUUGUGCAGCGUGGGGUCCUUGAGUGAUAAAGAAGUAGAGACUCCUGAGAAGAAGCAGAAUGACCAGCGAAAUCGGAAAAGAAAAGCUGAACCAUAUGAAACUAGCCAAGGGAAAGGCACUCCUAGGGGACAUAAAAUUAGUGAUUACUUUGAGUUUGCUGGGGGAAGCGGGCCAGGAACCAGCCCUGGCAGAAGUGUUCCACCAGUUGCUCGAUCCUCACCGCAACAUUCCUUAUCCAAUCCCUUACCGCGUCGUGUAGAGCAGCCCCUGUAUGGUUUAGACGGCAGUGCUGCAAAGGAGGCCUCCGAGGAGCAGUCCGCUCUGCCGACCCUCAUGUCAGUGAUGCUAGCAAAACCUCGCCUUGAUACAGAGCAGUUAGCACCACGGGGAGCGGGCCUCUGCUUCACCUUUGUCUCUGCUCAGCAAAACAGCCCUUCUUCUACGGGUUCUGCCAAUACAGAACAUUCUUGCAGCUCCCAAAAACAGAUCUCCAUCCAGCACAGACAGACCCAGUCUGACCUCACAAUAGAAAAAAUAUCUGCACUAGAAAACAGUAAGAACUCUGACUUAGAGAAGAAGGAAGGAAGAAUAGAUGAUUUGUUAAGAGCUAACUGUGAUUUGAGACGGCAGAUAGAUGAACAGCAAAAAAUGCUGGAGAAAUACAAGGAACGAUUAAACAGAUGUGUCACCAUGAGCAAGAAGCUUCUUAUAGAAAAGUCCAAACAAGAGAAGAUGGCGUGCAGAGAUAAGAGCAUGCAGGACCGUUUGCGAUUGGGCCACUUUACUACUGUCCGCCACGGAGCCUCUUUUACUGAGCAGUGGACAGAUGGCUAUGCUUUCCAAAACCUCAUCAAGCAACAGGAAAGAAUAAAUUCACAGAGAGAAGAGAUAGAAAGACAACGGAAAAUGUUAGCAAAACGGAAACCCCCUGCCAUGGGCCAGGCCCCUCCAGCAACCAAUGAACAGAAACAACGAAAAAGCAAGACCAAUGGAGCUGAAAAUGAAACGUUAACCUUAGCAGAAUACCAUGAACAAGAGGAAAUCUUCAAACUCAGAUUAGGUCAUCUUAAGAAAGAAGAAGCAGAAAUCCAGGCAGAGCUGGAAAGGCUAGAAAGGGUUAGAAAUCUACAUAUCAGGGAAUUAAAAAGGAUACAUAAUGAAGAUAAUUCACAAUUUAAGGAUCAUCCAACGCUAAAUGACAGAUAUUUGUUAUUACAUCUUUUGGGUAGAGGAGGUUUCAGUGAAGUUUACAAGGCAUUUGAUCUAACAGAGCAAAGAUAUGUAGCUGUGAAAAUUCACCAGUUAAAUAAAAACUGGAGAGAUGAGAAAAAGGAGAAUUACCACAAGCAUGCGUGUAGGGAAUACCGGAUUCACAAAGAACUGGAUCAUCCCAGAAUAGUGAAGCUAUAUGAUUACUUUUCACUGGACACUGACUCGUUUUGUACAGUAUUAGAAUACUGUGAAGGAAAUGAUCUGGACUUCUACCUGAAACAGCACAAAUUAAUGUCGGAAAAAGAGGCCCGAUCCAUUAUUAUGCAGAUUGUGAAUGCUUUAAAGUACUUAAAUGAAAUAAAACCUCCCAUCAUACACUAUGACCUCAAACCAGGUAAUAUCCUUUUAGUAAAUGGUACAGCAUGUGGAGAGAUAAAAAUUACAGAUUUUGGUCUUUCCAAGAUCAUGGAUGAUGAUAGCUACAAUUCAGUGGAUGGCAUGGAGCUAACAUCACAAGGUGCUGGUACUUAUUGGUAUUUGCCACCAGAGUGUUUUGUGGUUGGGAAAGAGCCACCAAAGAUCUCAAAUAAAGUUGACGUCUGGUCAGUGGGUGUGAUCUUCUACCAGUGUCUUUAUGGGAGGAAGCCUUUUGGCCAUAACCAGUCCCAGCAAGAUAUUUUACAAGAGAAUACUAUUCUUAAAGCUACUGAAGUACAGUUCCCGCCAAAGCCAGUAGUCACACCUGAAGCAAAGGCAUUUAUCCGGCGAUGCUUGGCCUAUCGAAAAGAGGACCGUAUCGAUGUCCAGCAGCUGGCCUGUGAUCCCUACUUGUUGCCUCACAUCCGAAAGUCAGUCUCUACAAGUAGCCCUGCCGGAGCUGCUAUUGCAUCAACCUCUGGGGCAUCCAAUAACAGUUCUUCGAAUUGAGACCAACUCCAAGGCCACAAACUGUUUCAGCACACAAAGUGGACACAUGGCAUCAGCAGUGGGUUUGGAACACAGUGAAUCCGAAUGGAUCUCAUGAAACCUGUACCAGGUGCUUUUAUUUUCUUGCUUUUUUCCCAUCCAUAGAGCAUGACAGCAUCGAUUCUCAUUGAGGAGAAGCCUUGGGCAGCUCUGGCCAGGCCUCAGAGGAGAAGGCCCCGCCCGAGGUUCCGGCGUCAACGGUCACUGUGUGUGACUGCUCUGAGUGAGGAAAAAUUAAAAAGAAAAAACUGGUUCCAUGUACUGUGAACUUGAAAACAUGCAGACUCAGGGGGUUCCCUGAUGCAAUGCUUCAGAUGAAGAAUGUGGACUUGAACUACAGACUGGGCUAGUCCAGUGUCUAUAUUUAAACUUGCUCUUUUCUUUUAAUAAAGUUUAGGUAACAUCUCCUGAAAAGCUUGCAGCACAAGGCUCGGCUGGGGAUGGUGUUUGACUUGGGAGGAAAAGUUGCUCUUGCCCACUAAAGGCACUAGAGUUAGUGUUCUGCCCUAAAGAAUUUCAGUUGUCAAAACAUGCAGCUUCCCUCGCCCCGUUUUUAUUUUUGAAAGAUUACAUUUGUCAUAAAGUGAAACCGGUAUUAGCGAGUACUUGGCGGCAAUGUUCAUUCCAGUCAGAUGCAGCUGCCUCCGUCUGCCUGCUCUCCGCUGGCGAUCGCCUCCCUCACCUCAGGGAGAAAUGCGUGGGAGUUCGGAGACGCGUGGGCUUCGCCAUCGGACAAAGAAUGGGGUGAGAAGGCUGCAGCUGGAAGCUCUAGGUUUUCAGAUAUUUCUUCACAAUUUGAACACUUGACGGUUGUCCCUUUUAAUUUAUUUGAAGUGCUAUUUUUUUAAAUAAAGGUUCAUCUGUCCAUGCA